ACUAUACAGUAAGGUAACGAUAAAGCCGGGAAGCAACCCAGAGCAGAUGACUAUACGGAAGGACAUACACAACUCCGACGAGCUUCCGCACGCAGAUAUAACUUUAAAAAUGUACACAUUUUCCUGCCAAAAACAGACAUAUCUUCACAGGCCACUUUUAAAUAAAUGUUGUACGAGUAACAAAAAGAUAUUUCAGCCUUCAAAUAGGAAAAAGCGUAAUGGCGUGUCUUCAUCGGUUCCCCUCGGGACACAGCGGACGAACUGGACGGUCAGAGACGAGAUCGUUUUCGCUUGAUUUGGGUCCGUCCACACACUCCAGUCCGGGUGGUGGCGGUGCAGGAGGAGCGAAGGCCCGCAGCUCUUCCAACUCAUCUCGCUACACGAACGAGCUUCAUUGAAGUGGAGACCUCGAUUGUUUACCUCGUAACCAUGACUCGGCCCUGGAUCACCGUUUCUGCUCUGAGGGAAUAACAGUUCUAGUAGUCGAGUCUGACGCCGUCCAACCAUGAAGCUGGUUCAUAAAGACAUUGAAAAGGACAGUGCCGGACAGGUGACUCUGGUGCCAGAGGAGGCCGAGGACAUGUGGCACACCUACAACUUGCUGCAGGUGGGGGACAGCCUGAGAGCCUCCACCAUCAGGAAGGUGCAGACAGAGUCUGCCACAGGAAGUGUCGGCAGCUCCAGAGUGCGGACCACCCUGACUUUGUGUGUGGAGACGAUUGACUUUGACUCUCAGGCCUGUCAGCUGAGGGUGAAGGGAACAAAUUUAGAGGAGAACCAGUAUGUCAAGAUGGGGGCUUACCACACAAUUGAGCUGGAGCUCAACAGAAAGUUCACGCUCGCUAAAAAGAGCUGGGACAGUGUUGUGCUGGACCGAAUUGAGCAGGCAUGUGACCCGUCGCAGAAAGCAGAUGUGGCGGCUUUAGUAAUGCAGGAGGGUUUGGCUAAUCUGGUGCUGGUGACACCGGCCAUGACCCUUCUGAGAGCUAAAGUGGAGGUGACCAUCCCACGCAAGAGGAGAGGAAGCUGCACUCAGCAUGAAAAGGCACUGGAGAGAUUCUAUGAAGCCGUCAUGCAAGCAAUUCUCCGCCACAUCAAUUUUGAUGUGGUGAAAUGCAUCCUCGUGGCCAGUCCAGGGUUUGUGAAGGACCAGUUCAUCACCUUCCUUUUCAAAGAGGCUGUACGUCAGGACAAUAAGGUUUUAAUAGAAAAUCGGCCCAAAUUCAUGAUGGUCCACUCGUCGUCAGGUCACAAGUACUCCCUUAAAGAAAUUCUUUCGGAUCCAGCCGUCACGAACAGACUCUCUGACACGAAGGCAGCAGGGGAAGUGAAAGCUCUAGAAGACUUCUAUAAGAUGCUCAAACAUGAGCCCGACAAAGCCUUCUAUGGAGUGGCGCAUGUGGAGAAAGCUGCUGACGCUCUCGCGAUCGACACACUGCUGAUAAGUGAUAAUCUCUUCAGACACCAGGACGUCCCCACGAGGGCACGGUAUGUGCGCUUGGUGGACAGCGUCAGGGACAAUGGCGGCAAUGUCAGAAUAUUCUCAAGCCUUCAUGUGUCUGGUGAACAGCUGACUCAGCUGAGUGGGGUGGCCGCCAUCUUGAGGUUUCCCAUGGCCGACCUGUCAGAGCCAGAAGACGACAGCAGCUCGGAUGAAGAUUGAGGGAAUCCACAGACACUUUUGUGGUUAAAAAAACACAUUACUUGUGUGUUGCCAAACAAUACUAUGCUGCACGAUGAUGGUUUACAUAUUUAUUUCUGCAGCCUUCUGGAACUCUAAUUGAAUCGACCCUAUGGCUAUGAAAUAAUUUCAUUAUCAUGUGAGUUGGUAUGAUCAAGUGGAAUUGACAAAGACUGUACAGUAUGUGUAUUCUUAUUACACAACAGAAG